UCCAAAGUUAAGCUUCGUUGAGAAAUAGAGAGAAACUUCCGACGGCUGAGAUGUGAGGUUUUAACUUCUUGAGGCAGACAAAGAGUAGUUAAAAAUGGAUCUGGAUUCUAAAAACUCGCCGCUGCUCUGUACAACAUGUCAGAUCCCGUACUUUGCGGUCUGUAGACAGAGACGGAUGGUCAUGGUUGUAAUAAUGACUCUGAUAUUUGUCCUUUUUAUCAGCUGGACAAUGAAGGCUGAUGUACGAUCGCAUGCAUAUAAAGCAUACGGUGGAGAUAUUGCACAAAAUGCUACUUCCUUUGAAGUUACAGCAGAAGUAAGGAACAAAAUCCGGGGACCGGUGAAAGUCCUCGUUCUCGCCUACUUCCGCUCAGGGUCAACGUUGACGGGCGAGCUCAUACAGCAGACGAAGGGGACGUUUUACGUGUUUGAGCCAUUUCACCAGAUGGAAUAUCACUAUUUAAAGACAGGAGAACCUCCCACUCUUAUAAACGGCACUAAAUGGCCAAACACGCUUGAAGGGCUGCAAAUGCCAUACCAAGUGCAUACGCUGGAAUCUUUGUUCAAUUGUCAAAUCAAAAGAAUAGAUAAACGGGCACUGACUCCGUUUGCGGAACAGUCAGUGAUGGUAUCAAACUAUUCGAAAUGUAGAAAGUCAAUGGAAGAAUGUGCGGAAGAGUUAGGAAGUGCCUGCCUAGGAUCUCCAAUCCGAGAGAUCAAGACCAUCCGUACCCCUAUGAGAUUUGUUACAGAGUUGUUAAAAAAAGAUCCUUCUGUGAAGGUCAUCCAUUUACUGCGAGACCCUCGCGGUCUAAUCAAUUCCUGGAUAACAUACGGUUAUAAACCAAAGACAGAUAUUCUUCCUCAGUAUGUGUGUAACUUAAUAGGAGACGAUUUGAAGACAAGAUACGAAUUGGAGAAACAAUACCCGGGAACUUUCCUUUCCCUGAUCUAUGAGGAUCUGGCACAACACCCUAUGGAGAUGCUGCAUAAGAUAUAUGGCUGGUUGGGAAUGCUCGUUGACACCAAGGUCAUUGAUUGGCUUAACAGGAGUACACACAGUGAUAAAGACGGAAAAUUUUUGGAUACAUAUAAACAAAAAUUCCACGGCGGCAGCAUAUUCUUGGAUAAAGAAGAUUUCAGUGGAACGGUUAAACUUGAUUAACAAGUUUUGCGGUGAUCUUAUCUCACAUGGUAAUUUCCCCACGAUAUCUUCAGAAGCAGAGUUGGCAGAGUUUACCGUGCCCGACAGAACCCUCUGAGGAAAGGCGUAUAACCACAUAGUAGGAAUAUUGGUUAAAUGUUAUGUGGUUGAUAUAUUAAAAUUUGACUCUUUUUCACGUAGGUAUGUUCACGUAAAAUCAUCGCUCUCCAUUUGAGGAAACUGUUUUGAAUUACUGAAAUAUCACCGGAGUACCUGUGAAUAAACCAAUCUUUACAGUCACAAUUAUACACACAAGCACAAAUACCGCGCAAUACACCAAAUCUUUACAGUCACAAUUAUACACACAUGCACAAAGACCGAGCAAUGCACCAAAAUAUAAACGUGCACAUUUCCAAGGGUGUCGCCCCGAUCUCUGCUCGAUUUCCACACACCAUAAUUCCAGCUGCCGUCGUAUAAGUGAAAUAUUUUUGAUUAUGGCGUAAAGCACCAAUCAGGUCAAAACCAAAAUACAGCUUAGUUGGAAAGUUUAGUAAGGAAAUUAAUUAAUAUUAUUGAUGGAAUUAAUAUACUUUUAAUGCCCCGUAUGCGGCAGCGUAAUUUCGGCCAACAACACGUGCACUAUUUGAAUGUGUGUGUGUUGAUUUGCCUCUGCUCGGCGCUCGGGUAUUUAUAUGCAAAUCUGAGCAGACGAACAACUGUCUGGUGGAGUACAGCACUAUUUGAAUGUGUAUGCUGACCAACUGAUCUCCUCGGUGCAGUGCUCGAGCAUUAUAUGCAAAUGCCGGCCCAAGUCUGUUUGUGAGGGUAUUUAUAAGCUGCGUGCCCUGGUCGGAAUCCGCAUUUCACUGUACGCGCCUUCGCGGCGGCACGCCUUUAGUCUUUUAUCCCACCACUCCCUCCCUAAUAAAUGAUU